UGAAAAAUGAAAAAUCUAAGCAAAAAUCAGCAGCCAAAUCUCUUUGAAAGCAUCUCGCCCUUCUGUCCUUCACCUCGUUCGCACUUCUCCCUCCCUCUCUCUACCUCUACUAUCUCAUAAACCCUCUUGCAGAUUUCUAUUGCUGUUUUCCCCAUUUCCAUCAUACAGAUCUGCUUCGGAUCAAACCCGCAAGCAUUUCUUACGCAUUUUCAUUUUGUUGUGAAGAUCAUUGUGUAAACAGAAAUGGGUGCCUACAGAGCAGAUGAUGAUUACGAUUACUUGUUCAAAGUAGUCCUGAUCGGAGAUUCUGGAGUUGGAAAAUCAAAUCUGUUGUCGAGAUUCACUCGAAACGAGUUCAGUCUUGAGUCCAAAUCCACCAUCGGCGUUGAAUUCGCCACCCGUAGCAUUCGUGUUGAUGAUAAAGUUGUUAAGGCUCAGAUUUGGGACACCGCUGGCCAGGAAAGGUAUCGCGCAAUCACAAGCGCAUACUACCGAGGCGCGGUCGGCGCCCUACUUGUGUACGACGUGACCCGCCACGUCACCUUCGAAAACGUCUCCCGAUGGUUAAAAGAGCUCCGAGAUCACACAGACGCCAACAUCGUCAUAAUGCUCGUGGGCAACAAAGCCGAUUUGCGCCAUUUACGAGCCGUCCAAUCAGAGGACGCCACGUCAUUCGCGGAAAAAGAACACACGUAUUUCAUGGAAACCUCCGCACUCGAAUCACUAAAUGUAGAAGAUGCAUUCACGGAAGUUCUUACUCAAAUUUAUCAUAUUGUUAGCCGGAAAGCUCUAGAAGCCGGAGAUGAUGCCGCCGCGUUGCCGAAAGGACAGACGAUUAAUGUGGGCGGCAAGGAUGAUGUGUCGGCGGUCAAGAAAGGCGGGUGUUGUUCGAGUUAAAUUUAAUGGAAAAUUUGAUAUAAAUCUUAGUUUUUAUUGUUUGGUGAAAAUCAAAUCAAAUCAAAUCAAUGGAUGAUUUAUGGGGUUAUGUUUAAUUUGUAUUGUUAUAAUUGAUAUUUGAUAGCGAUCUUCUGAGGGGGGAAUAGGUUUAAAUUUCUUUGUGGU